AUGAAAAACAGUUGUCCAAUUCUUGGUCCCCAGUGUGACCUUUGUGAUUGUGCUGGUAGGGCAUGCCAGUCUCACUUCCCAGGAAUGAAGGUGGAGUGGCCAGAGCUAAAAGGAGUGAGUGGAAUCGAAGCGAAGAAAAAGAUAGAAAGUGAUAAUCCACAUGUGACUGCUUUUAUAUAUCCUCAAGAUAUAUAUCUACCAGCCAUAAACUGUUGUAACCGUGUUAUCGUCUAUGUUCCAAGCGAGGAUUGCCCUAACGGUCCAGUCACCAACAGUCCUGUUAUUGGAUAA